AUGAAACUUGGAGCAACAAAUUCUGGCACGGGGGCAGUGAAGGAAUUGUUGGAUAAAGUAUAUGAAGAAUUUGGAGUUUUACAACAACAAUUGCAUAAUACUAGAAUUGAAUUGGAAAAGUGUCAACAGGAAAAGGAUGGUCUUCAAAGAUAUUCAAUGAUGAUGAAUGAAUCACUUUUUUCUUUGAAUAUGGAAACGCAAAAACAUAUAGAAAUUGGCAAACGUCUAUCUGGCAUUUUGACGCACGUUAUCCCAAUGCUUCCACAAGAACACCAAGGAUCGGCUGUGUCAGCGAUUGAAAGGGCUAAGGCUGUUGGGCCACAAGAACUUUUAACCAAUCAUUUACAACAACAACAAUUAGCUGCUAUGAUGUCUGUUGCUGGACCCGCUGCAGCAGCUGCAGCAUUUAAUCCUGCAAUGAUGAUGGCUGGAAUGGGGUUAAAUUUAAAUGUAAAACCGGAGGAUGCAAUGCAGCAACUCUUCAACAAUAUUUUAAAAAAUCCAAUUUUGGCUGGAGCUAAUAAUGUUGCUGCUGGUGGCGGUCCUCAGCAACCUCCCUGUAUUCCUCAACAACUUCCAUCAAGUAAUCAUCCAUUAAUGCCUGGGCCGUCAUCUUCUUCGUCUGUUCCUCCAACUGGAGGUGGAGAUGAAGGCCGUCCAUCAACACAUCCUGGAAGAGCAUCUUCUGUUCUAAACAGUACUGGUGGAGGAGGAAGUAGGCCAAGAUCAGGCACUGGAACACCUGUUUCUUAUGCAAAGAGAACUAAAUUGGAACCUGAAGAUGGGGAUGGAGAAUUGGAAAUUGAUGUUCAAAAUGACGAUGCUGGUUCUUCUGCAGCUUUAUCUCAUCACACCAACGGAAGAACUAGCCAACCUUUUCAUAAAGGUAAAGAUGAAAGAGACACUGCAUCAGCCUCAUCUCGUGAUUCAGCUACGCCCCGCUCCGGAAAACUUCAGCUCGCUUCUACCCCUGGUUCUUCUUCUGGCUGUCCCCCACAACCAAAUAUUCAACAACUUUUACCUCCCGCUAUGGCAGAUUUCUUUGCAAAUAAUUACGGAGUUAAUAGAUUUCCUGGAAAUUUUAACAAUCAAAUAUCGGGAUUAUUUGGAAUGACUCCUGGAGGAGGAGGUCAAUUAAAUUCUUCUUCUCUAAAUGCUUUAACAGCUGCAAUGACAACAAAUGGAAAAUCACCGGCUUAUGCUUUCAAGGUUGCGCCUGGUGAACAAAUAGCUCCUGUUUCUUUCCCUCCAGAUGCUUCAUUAGAACCGGAUGUGCCAAAAGGACUUCGCCGAAUAGGUGACUUACCUCAUGGAGAUGUUGUCUGUGCUGUUACUUUAGCUAAAGAUGGACGUCGAGUAUUUACUGGUGGAAAAGGGGCUGUAAAAGUUUGGGAUAUUACUGAACGAAUAUUUAAUUCAUCAACAGCAAAUGCUUCAAAUGAUACUUCAAGUGGUGAUGAUAUGGGGGGAGUUGGAUCUGUUGAAACUGCUAGUAAUGGAGGUGGUGGUGGUAGGGCUGCAAGUACAGAGCCAUGGUUGCCUGUAGCUACUUUUCCGGUGAAUAAAAUUUUUGUUUAAAUUGGUGAAGAACGAACUUUAAGUAAAACUAAGUUACCUCUAAAUCAGGAAAUUGAACCUGCUUGCUUCGAGUUGUUAUUAACGAGGAGCUUUGCUAACACCUCGUUCAAUGGUAUUAUUAACUAAGCUACUUUUGGACGAUGACUUUUCUUUUUUUUUUCGUGUCCCUCAUCUAAACAUUUUGACUAGAUUAUUUUACAGAAAAAACGUAAGGAGUUCCUCUUACAGAAAUAAUCUCACCAAACUUUUUCUCGUUGAAAAAUGUGCGAGAAAAAAUUUUUCUAGUCAAGUGCUAC